CCUUCCCCUAUGCCAAACCCUCGCCUCCGUCCCGCCCCGCCCCCACUACCCCUUCCCGCUUUGGUUCAAAACCCUCGCUUAUGUCCCUCCCCCUUCCUGGUUUCGCCCAAAACCGUCGCCUUAGCGAACGAACAUUCGCGAUACAUUCGCCAUUAGAGUUAGCUGGGAAGGCAACGAUGGGAUCGCAGCUUACAGAGAACACCGAAACUCCCAUCUCUGUAAAAAGCUGAUUUUAUCGCGAGUCGGCGUCAUUUUGGGAUUUAGGGUAGCUCUUUUUUCCAUUCGGCAGGAUUUAUCUUAAAUCCCGCGUAUAUCCUGCUCAAAACCCGCUACCAAACAGCCAUAGAGCUCCUCCUCGACGUUUCCUUCCAACGAUGGGCAUCUUUGAGCCAUACCGGGCCAUCGGUUACAUAACCACGAGCGUACCCUUCUCUGUGCAGAGGCUGGGGACCGAAACUUUCGUCACUGUCAGCGUUGGCAAAGCAUUUCAAGUAUACGAUUGCGCUAAAUUGACUUUGGUAGCAGUUGGCCCUCAAUUGCCAAAGAAGAUCCGAGCUCUUGCUUCCAGCCGGGACUAUACUUUCGUUGCAUAUGGAACGAAUAUUGGAGUUUUUGAGCGUGCUGAUCAGGUUGCGACAUGGAGCAAGCAUGAGGAAAAGGUUAAUUUGUUGCUUAUUUUUGGAGAUUAUGUCUUAAGUGUUGAUGUUAAAGGCAAUAUUUUCAUCUGGCCUUUCAAAGAAAUAAAGAAGAAUCUUGAGGCAGCUGGCCAUAUAAAGCUGGAAGAAGGCUUCUUACCAACUUGUAUUAUACACCCAAAUACUUAUUUGAACAAGGUCAUUUUGGGCAGCCAAGCCGGUUCAUUACAGUUGUGGAAUAUCAGCACCAGGAAGAAACUUUAUGAAUUUAAAGGAUGGAACUCCACUGCGCAUUGUUGUGUAUCAUCCCCUGCAUUAGAUGUAGUUGCUAUUGGCUGUUCUGAUGGAACAGUCCAUGUUCAUAAUGUUCUUUAUGAUGAGGAGGUUGUUUCCUUUACCCAUUCCACACGUGGUGCUGUUACUGCACUAUCUUUUAGGACUGAUGGUGAACCUCUUCUAGCAUCUGGAGGGUCAUCAGGUGUUAUUAGUAUAUGGCAUCUUGAGAAGAGAAGGCUUCAAUCUGUCAUUAGGGAAGCUCAUGAUGGUCAAAUUACAUCACUUCAUUUCUUUGCUAAUGAACCUGUUCUUAUGAGUUCAGCGGCGGACAAUUCAAUGAAAAUGUGGAUUUUCGAUACGACAGAUGGAGAUGCUCGUCUAUUGCGUUUUCGAAGUGGGCAUAGUGCUCCUCCGUUGUGCUUAAGGUUUUACAGAAAAGGGAGGUGCAUUCUAUCCGCAGGGCAGGAUCGUGCUUUCCGACUUUUUUCUGUGCGCCAGGACCAACAAAGCAGAGAGCUUUCUCAGCGCCAUGUCACUAAACGAGCCAAAAAGCUCAGGUUAAAGGAAGAAGAAAUCAAAUUGAAGCCCGUCAUUGCAUUUGACUGUGCUGAGAUUCGUGAGCGUGACUGGUGCAAUGUUGUAACUUGCCACAUGGAUACCCCAAAGGCAUAUGUAUGGCGUCUACAAAACUUUGUAAUUGGAGAGCACAUUUUAUCACCUUCUGCAAAGAAUCAGACACCAAUUAAGAGUUGUGCUAUAAGUGCUUGUGGUAAUUUUGCUGUUGUGGGAACUGAGGGUGGAUGGAUUGAAAGAUUUAACCUUCAAUCCGGAAUCAGCAGAGGAGUUUAUGUGGAUACUUCUGAAUCGAAGUGCUGUGCUCAUGAUGCGGAAGUGGUUGGAGUUGCCUGUGAUUCUACAAACUCUAUAAUGAUAAGUGCAGGUUAUCGUGGCGACAUUAAGGUAUGGGAUUUCAAAGGGUGUAAAGUAAAAUCGAGGUGGGAGGUUGGUCGAUCUGUUACAAAGAUGGUGUACCAAAGAACAAACGGUCUUCUAGCAACUGUAGCGGAUGACAUGGUUCUACGUGUGUUUGAUGUUAUGUCGCUUCUAAUGGUUCGCGAGUUCGAAGGACACACAGACCGCAUUACUGACUUGUGUUUCAGUGAUGACGGAAAAUGGCUUUUAUCCUCUAGCAUGGAUGGAACUCUUAGAAUUUGGGAUGUCAUCUUGGCUAGACAGAUUGAUGCUCUGUCUGUAGAUGUAUCUAUAACAGCAAUUUCUCUGUCUCCUUCUAUGGACAUGUUGGCAACUUCUCAUGUUGAUCAAAAUGGCGUUUACCUUUGGGUUAAUCAGGUAUUGUUCUCUGGAUCGUUGGAUGUUGAUUCCUAUGCAAGUGGGAAACAAGUUAGAAAUGUUCAGAUGCCAUCUGUUUCUUCAAAACAAAGAUAUGAAGAUGGAGGAGAUGAUAAAGGAGAAGUAAUCCAUAGUGACUUUGGAAAUCAAAAUCACAUAAUUAAAGAUUUUUAUGGACCACAUUUUGAUCACCAAAUACCAGAUCUUGUAACUCUUUCUUUGCUCCCAAAGAGCCAGUGGCAAAGUCUUACUAAUUUAGAUAUUAUAAAGGUCCGCAACAAGCCAAUCGAGCGUCCAAAGAAGCCAGAAAAUGCACCCUUUUUCUUGCCGUCUGUACCAUCCCUUUCGGGAGAAAUAUUGUUUCAGCCUAAUGGAGUUGAAAUUGGUGAUGCAAAAGAUACUCAAGUCGAAGAACCAACUAGAAAAAUCAGAAAAUUGGAUCUAUCUUCUCCUUUUUGUCUGUUAUUGCAAUCUUGUGCAGAUACCAAAGAUUUUUCAGCUUUCACAGAAUAUAUUAAGGGUUUACCACCAUCAACCCUCGAUAUGGAGCUUCGUGUUCUUCAAAUAAUUGAAGAUGAUGAUAAAAGCUUAGAUCGAAAACCAGAAUUGGAGUCAAUUGGAUUGUUAUUGGAUUAUUUCAUUCAUGAGCUUUCCUACAAGAAUAACUUUGAAUUUAUUCAAGCCGUCAUCAGGUUGUUUCUUAAGAUUCAUGGGGAAACAAUUAGACGCCACUCAGCAAUGCAGGAAAAGGCAAUGAAGCUCUUGAAUGUUCAAAGCUUAGUUUGGCAAAAAAUAGAUAAAAUAUUCCAAAAUGUCAGAUGCAUGGCCACUUUCCUCAGCAAUUCUCAAUUCUAACUUAAAUGGGUUAAAAUAAAACCAGAAUAUUGCAAAUUUUGACAAUUGAGUGCUCUGGCUUCAUUUUAUGCCUAUUUAAGAGAACGGUGCACUAAUAAGUUUAAGCAUUAAAGCGGCAUUGUUCAUGAUUUUUUUUCUUUUUUUUGUAAUAUUUUAUAUCAUUUUUGUAAUUCUGU